AUGUCCAACUCUGAGCUGCACAAAGAACCGAAACAGCCUAAUAAUAACAACAACAACAACAAUAAUAAUAAAAAUAAUAAUGCUAAACCACAGCAACAGCAGCAGCAAGAAAGGAAGAAAAAUAAAAAGAUAGACAAAGUACAAUGUGACGGCAGACUGAAAAUUAUAAUAAACAGAGAAAAUGAAUUGCGAGCCAGAUGGCCAGAACGGUGGGGGUUUUAUUCGAAGAAUAACGUGGAAGCAAUGUGGAGCGAACAUGCUGUCAGUUUAGGAUUACCGGAAAAUUUUAUCGAUCUCAGAAGACAAAAACUGCGUAAACAAGAUAGAAUUCAACCGUUGAUCGACGCAGUACCAUCACCAUUGUGCAUUCCCAUAACGUCGUCAGGUUUUGUAGGAUGGCGUUCUGCGCAAGGAAUUUGUAAUUUAGAAAUGUUUGGCAGGACUUUUGAUUACAAUAGAUUAGAUACUCGGAUGUUAAAACCAGACAAUGAGCCAGAUCAAAAGCUACAGAGAUUUAUUAUUCUAGGAUAA